AUGGACCGAAAAAGUGCUACAUCAAUAUUAAAGCCCCGUCACGAUGCUUCUAGUCGUGUCAGCAAACCAGAGUCAGCCGCAGACAAACUUGCCUCCCUCAAGGCAAGGGUAGCUGCGGCCGUUGGCAGCAGCAAGACCCGUAAUCUUCAUCCGCCAGUUAAUCCAAUUUCGAUAACUGCGAAGGGUGGUCUAAAUGUGGAUCUACAUCCUGCUCUUCAAGAUUUAGGCCAGUAUAAACCCUCUAAAAUUGUUGCUCCAAAGUUUGCAACUAGUAUUGGGAAUUCGCGGCCUCCUUCAGAAAAGCUACCAUCAAAGGCGAAGAAGCAACUAAACUUAUCUGGCCCCUCUUCAGAAGAAGUUCGAAAUAAUCCUUACUUUGACGGAAGUCUUGGGGGUCAAACAGCAACACUAAAGAACCGAUUUUCAAAGCAGCUUAUCUUUAAUCAGAAAGGAAAAUAUAUUCAACAAGCUAAUGCGCUUCGGAGACAGGCUGCAUUGGAGGCGAUGAAAAAGCGGAUUGCGGAGUCAUCACGAAAAAUUGGUAUAGACGAAGAUUUGGAUACGGAAAAAAACUAUAUUGUUGAGCCACCGCUUGAUAUUGAAUGGUGGGAUGAGGGCUUAGUUGAAGGAAAGAACUAUGACCUCAUUGAUGAUCCCAAAUUCCUCAAGAUCGAUAGUCCAGACUCCAUAAUAACAGAGUAUAUUCAACAUCCCGUACUGCUAGAACCCCCACAAGAAAAAAAUACAGCUGCCCCUAAACCAAUGUUUCUAACAGCAAAAGAGCAAGCUAAGCUACGUCGCCAGAGAAGAAUGGCUGACUUGAAGGAGCAGCAGGCCAAAAUCCGAUUGGGUCUGGAGCCUGCUCCUCCUCCAAAAGUCAAGAAAAGUAAUCUCAUGCGUGUAUUGGGUGAAGAAGCAGUUAAAGACCCGACUGCAGUUGAAGCGCGUGUAAAUAGGGAAAUUGCGGCACGAUACCAAACUCAUGUUGAAAUGAACGAGCAACGCAAACUUUCUAAGGAACAACGUCACGAAAAGCUGGCCUUGAACCAAGAGAAAGAUGCAUCAAAGGGUAUCCAUCUCCUUGUAUUUAAAAUAAGCAACUUAUCUAAUGGAAGUCAUCGAUUUAAGAUUGCGAAGAACGCGGAACAGAACGCUCUCACCGGUAUUUGUAUCAUGCACCCUAGGUUUAAUCUUGUAAUUGUCGAAGGUGGGGAGCAUUCUAUUCGGCAAUACCGAAAACUUCUUAUGCAGCGAAUAGACUGGACUGAAAAUUCUCCCACCAGGAUUAAGGAAGGUACAAAGACCGAAGCUUUACAAGACUGGUUAAAAGCAGAGGACGAAAAGGGUGAUCUUAAAGACCUGUCCCAAAAUAAGUGUGUCCUCGUCUUUGAGGGUGAGACCAAGGCGCGAGCAUUCAGAAAAUGGGGAAUCAAAGUAUGUGAGUCAGAUAGUGCAGCUAGGGAUGCUUUGCAACGUGCAAAGAUGGAAAACUUUUGGGCCCUGGCAAAAAGUAUGGGUUGA